AUGUCUCACCAAAUUGGCGGUAUCGACGUGACUUUUACGCCGUCGAACCGCGGCUUUCACAACUAUUGGACUAGCUUCCGGCCUUCGACUAAAGUCAUUCUCCCCGAGGGAUGGCAGCGAGAGCCUGGAUUUCGUGCGUUGAGCGAGCCUAUUAUCUGGGAAAAGGAUGUUCCUAUCGCAAUGCGCGAUGGAUGUAUUCUUCGUGGCGAUGUGUUCCGCCCACUGGCCAAAGAUGGUGUUCCUUUGCCUGCGCUUCUCCCUUGGAGUCCCUAUGGAAAGACAGGAAGUGGUGUACCUAAAAGCUCUUUGUCCGGCUUGGAGAAGUUCGAGGCUCCAGACCCAGCUGAGUGGUGUCCACGCGGUUAUAUUGUGGUCAAUGUUGAUGCGCGAGGCUGCUUUGAUUCUGAAGGUGACAUCUUCAUCUUCGGCACUCAGGAGGGUCGUGAUGGCCACGACACCAUUGAGUGGAUCGCAGAGCAGUCUUGGUGCGAUGGAAAUGUGGCGCUGGUCGGAAAUUCAUGGCUAGCUAUGACUCAAUGGCUGAUCGCUGCUGAAAAGCCUCCGCAUCUGAAGGCGAUAGCUCCUUGGGAGGGCAUUGGUGACUACUACCGCGAGAGUAUUUGCAGAGGAGGAAUCCCUAAUGCCAUGUUCUGGGACCUUCUGAUGAAAGAAUUCAAUGGCAAAAACCAACGCGAGGAUGUUGCCGCUAUGAUAGAGAAAUAUCCGCUUAUGAACGCAUAUUGGGAAGACAAGAGACCCCGGCUACAGGAUAUCAAGAUCCCUAUGUAUAUCCUGGCUAGCUAUUCAACCGGACUACAUACCGAGGGAUCUAUUCGUGCAUGGAAAUAUGCCGGAUCUGAUGAGAGAUGGCUACGAAUUCAUCCUACCCAGGAAUGGUUCGACAUUUAUCAACCAUUUGCAAAUGACGAUCUCCAGCGCUUUUUGGAUCACUUCCUCCUUGGCAAAAACAAUGGCUGGGAGGUUACUCCCAAGGUCCGUCUCUCUUUACUGAGAUACAACAAGGCUCCGAUCAGCUUCCGUGCCGAAGACAGAUAUCCUCCUUCCCGCAUGGAGUACAAAACUUUCUACCUCAAGGCUACUCAAGAGAGCGGAAGCACUGCAGGAUCCUUGCAGACUGAGGCCCCCACCGACGUUAUCACCACCUCUUAUCAGUCAGACAUGUGGGAAGACGACGGAGCUUACUUCACCCUUAAAUUCACGGAACAAAUCGAAUUGAUUGGCAGCUCUCAGGUCAAACUGUAUAUGUCAUGCCAGGAUCUCGAUGACAUGGAUGUCUAUGUGAUACUCCGAAAACUCGAUCGCUCCGGAAAGGCCUUGCUCAACUACAACAUUCCUUUCGAAUACCAGAAGCCUGGAACGACCCCAGAGAUGAUUGAUGACGAAAAUAUCUACAAGUACGUGGGACCAAGUGGUCGUCUUCGUGCCUCCAAGCGAGCUGCCACAACCGAGGAGCCCGAUAUGCUCGAAACACGCAAAGAGAACCAAGAGCCUACCGAGCUUUUCUUCCCGCAUGACAAGUCGGAGAAGAUUCCUCCCGGUCAAGUCGUGGAGCUCAAGAUUCCCAUUUGGCCUGGGGGGAUCGUCUUCGAUGAGGGGGAAUCGUUGCGAUUGGAGAUCAAGGGCCAUGACCCUAUUCUUCCAGAAUAUCCGGCAUUGAUAAAAGGACCUAAAAAUCUGAACAAGGGAAGACAUACAGUGUACACUGGCGGAGAAUUCUCUUCAACUUUGAUUGUUCCACUGACCAAAGUUUGA